UUUGCUCUCUGUGGCUCCAACACAGCGUAUUUCUUGGAGGCUGCAGUUAAAUAUGGAGAUAAGUCACAUGUGAAAAUUAUUCAGGAACUGAAACCGUUAAAAACUCAGGUGCGAUAAAGUCUGCUCUGUUAUUAACACACCCAUUGCACAGCUGUGACAUGACUCCAUUGGAUGGUUGGAUUUCAGUCAGUGAAGAGUAAUGCAGUCAGGUUUUAUUGAACUUGGGUUAUGUUAUUGAAAUCCAUCAGAAAUGUCUGCUGUAACUGCGUCGCUCUGCUCCACUUUGCUGUUUGUCGGCCUCGUUGUUGUUGACUCUACAGUUGUGAUAAACAUCCCAGCUGUAUCUGGACAAAGUGCCAUUCUGUCGUGUCGAACUCAAAACAAAUCCGUCAUAGUGGUGGAGUGGAGCAGACCUGACCUCAAGAAUAAGCAUGUCCUUUUUUACCGGGAUGAGCAGUUUGAUACAGACAGCCAGCAUCCAUCUUUUAAGCAGCGGGUGGCUCUGAAGGACAGACAGAUGAAGGAUGGAGACGUGUCUCUCAUCCUGAAGUAUGUGACGAUUAACGACACCGGAACAUACCAGUGUCGUGUUUUCAUUAGAGGGACAAACCGCAGGAAGAGAGCCAUUUUGGAGACUGAGCCCAUCUGCAUCAUCAAACUGAGUGUCUCUGACCCUUCAGGACCACCAGGAGGACGAGAGAGGUUUAGACAUAUUGGACUGUUCGCUGCCCUUUCACUUUUCAAUUCGUCAAUGCUUCUUCUUGGAGUUGUUUUUUUCAUCCACAGAAGACGAAAACAACAACAGACUCACGGCUCACAGAAGCCUCCUGGUGUGAGUGAUUCUCCUGCUGCUGAUAUUAGUGUAGAAACAUAGAGGAUCUACACUACAUAGAAGCUGGUGAUGCUGAACUUCUGGCAGACAUCAAGCAUGUUGAGAAUUUGAUUUGAUUAUACUGGAUUAGUUAGCACCACACGUAUAAAACAAAGUGGCAGUCACAUUAACUUCUCCAUCCAUCAAUCCCCCACCAGGGCUAACCAUGUACUCUGCUAGCAUUUAACUAUAAUUGAGGCCCAGAUAACCAAGAAACUGCAAGAUCUCAGUGAUCUUGGCAUUACUAAGAAUCAGGAACAUGCCUAGCACCAACAGCAAACUGAGAAAGAGGAUUAGCGCAAAAAACAAAUAAACCAAACAAAGGUUUUUCCCAUGGUACAGUACUGACACCACCUCUCAGUCUCGAAGCUCUUCUACCAACUGUCACAUGACUAACUCAGCAGUCAGUGUUAAUACAGCAUUAUGAAAAAAACACAGCUUGAAAUCAGUUUCAUGUAACUGCAGAGUUUGGUAGUUCCAGCUGACACCUCGCACCUUUCUCUCACACACAGAGAACACAGUCUGGCUCUGUUUCCUCGGCUGCCUGUUGCUGGUGUUUAUUUAUUUAUGUAUUUAUUAUUGGCAUAGAAAGAACACGUGGGCCCUGUUCCAGGAAUAAGGGUUGGGUUACAUCUCUAAGUUUGUUUAAACAGUGAUGAGGGAGACUCAGAUUUUCCCUUCAAGUUUAUUUUAACUCUGAGUCAGCUGCUGGGUUAACAGACUCAACAGACCAGUUUCUCUUUGGCUGAAUGGCACUCGGUGUCAUUUUCUCCUUCAUAAAGUUGCUGUCAAAGUGCUUAAAGGAGCAAAAUAAUGAGAAGAAGCUGGUUUAAACUCCAGUUACAGGUUAGUGUCCAUGUUUAUAACUGUGGACAGUGAUGUGGCUGUCAGGUCAGUUUCAUUGUACUGAAAAAGAAGAUGAGGUUGAAAUGACAGAUUGCAGAAUAAGAUUCACUCAUUAAAUGAUGUCAAACAGUAUUUCAAAGGUUGAGAGUCUAAACAGAAGAAAAUCACCUUAACAUGUCUCAGUGGGUCGACUCAGAACUAGAGCGCCUGAGGAUGUUGUUACUCUGUAACAGUUCAGCAAACCAUGUCCGAGUUCAUUUGCAGAGCUGGACGGAUCUAAAACUGAAAGGAUCACAGAUUUAAACUGGAUCAGGCCAACUUGGCUUUGGUUAUGUCCCAGCUCUGGAGCCAUUUUUACUCCAUUCAUAUUCAUUUUGUCCUCAUAUGAUCUGUGUCUCUUAUUUAAAAUGUCUCCUUCUUCCAAAACUAUAGUGAAAUAUCUAAAAUCUGUAAAAGCUGAGACAUUUGUAAUAUUUUUGCCUUUAAUCAGAAAACUUUACACACAAAAAAAGACUUGGAAAGCUAUUAGAGUUAUUUUUCAGCUGUUCUGGAGCAGGAUCUGAUCUCAGAGUCGACCUGCUCUAUCUUCUCACUGUUGUCAUUGAACAUUGAGGGGCAGACAGAUGAUGUGGGUACAGGCUGACGUUAAUGAUCCUGAACAUCCAGCAAGGAGGCAUCAAACACUGAAUUUCAUGCAACUUCACAUUAGUCUAAUUAUGCUGUAAGGAUUUAGAUGACAGACGUUUCUUCUGCUCUUGAAAAAAAAGCCAACUCAAAUGUGACUUACAAAUAGUUUCCUUGUAACAGCCAGUAGAGUUUGAGUGUUUUGGCUCCCAAAGACAAACUGUUACAGAAUAAUCACAGACACGAGCAGCAGACAACAUCAACACUGUAUGUGACUGUCUGAAUGUGGGGGAGGUUACUGUGGCUGAUAGCAAUAAUUAACCUGCCUGAUAGUGUUCAGCAUCCGUUAAUUAAAUACUUCUGGGUGAGAUAUACAAAUCUUUACUGCAGCGAUUUGAAACCAAAGAGAGAAAAUAUUAGAGUCGGAUCAAUGUUUCCUCUGAUUGGUGAAGCUUUAGUGUAAAUAGUUAUUUUCCUUCCAUGAAGGAGGCACUUUGGUCUUUUUUUACUUCACUUAAGUAUUGGUGAUAAAUAUAAGUUUGUUUGUGUCACUGUUAAUAAAGUCUUACAUGUGCUAAUUGUGCGUUUUUUAAAUUAUUCUUAAUUCUUAAGUGUUCAUCUGUUUUCACAACAGAUUUCAUUGGACGAUGACCAGCGUCAUGCAUCUGCUCCAUGUAUGUUUCUGCCUUGCAAUUUGUGAUUGGCAGGAUUAACCUUAAUGCAGUGAUGUUACUGUGAUUCUAUUGGCUCAAAUGAUUAAAAGGAGGGUCAAUGAUGAAAAUAGCCCAGAAGAAGCCGAAGUUGCUGCACAACAAAACUGAAAAUCACACGGACUGAUUUCACUGUAGAAAAACACGUCUCAUUAUGCAUGUGUGGGGGUAAUUCUUCAAAAAAAUAUUUAAAAAACAAAAAUUUGAAUCAUGAAAAUAAGUUAAAUCAUUUCUGCUGUUUAAUACCUAAGACAUUUCAACUCCCACGGAUUCUGCUUAACUGCAGAAGGCCCGGCUGUCUUGACUAAAACCUCUGUAACUUUGCUCUGUUUCACUUCAGCAGCAUCAGUCUUUGCACAGAUAAUGUCCACAUGCUGAGUGAUGAUUUUCUGGAGUUUAUUGUCCACCACAGCAUGUUUUCAAAUGGGUAUAAUGCUAUAAAAUACAAAAACAAAAAAUUUAGGCAAGGAAAAAAAACAUAUUUUUCCCUUGUUCCCUGCUCAGUUACUUUAACACAGUAAUGUCUGCUGUAAUAUUUAUACCUCUCAUGAAGUCUCACAAGUGUUAGCUUUAUUUUGAUACCAAGACUGUUUAUACUGAGUUUUUAAUUGCAGAGAAAUACCCCAUUUAUUUUGUGCCUG